CUUUCCGUGUCCAGGAAAAAGAAAACAAUAAUCCGCAGCCCUAACUUCCGCUCUCUCCGUCAGGAAUACACCUCGCUUACUACUCCGGCGGUAUCGUCCAUCACCUAACCCGACGCCGAACUCCUCAACGCGCUAGAUCUCCUCACACUACCUGCCGGCGCCUCUCUGCCGGCCGUCUCAUGCCCUCAGGCCUCCGGCCGCACGGCGCAAGCAGCUGCUCAUCUUUCUAUUCUUCUCCUACUGCCGUCGAGCCGAGAUCUCAAGCCCUCGCUCUUUAGGCCUCUUACGAUCGUCGUCGAGAAGAAAAUCCUUCACCUUCUGUUCCGUCUUUCUCCGAUCAGCUUAGUCGAGGGCAGUGUCAUCUGCUCAUCAAAGCCGCUGACGACAAGAACCUGCCAACAACUUAUUGGCAAGCAACCGACUAAAAGUCCUCCCCAAUCACCCCUAUUCUUCGGCGCUACUUUAAUCUGGCCGGCGUUAGUGGACAGUGUCUCGCUAGCCGGGAGAUUGUUACCCGUCCUCAGCAAAGCGCCAGAAGGGAGAACCUACCGUCAGGCAUCAGCUUUCUGUAGCACAUGCUUCCGUCAGUCAGAGACUUGAUGUAACGUUAUCGUUUGAAUUCUCAGUUGAUAUGUCACUGUGAUUACAUGAUACAAAAUUGCACAAGCUUACUGUUGGAUGGGGCAUUGAUUAAUAAUAUAUAAGAUGGAAGCAUCUAAUUCCACUUCAGAUAGUGAAUCUGUUGAGACUAUCAAAGCAGCUAUAAGUGAGAAAGACGAAGAUGAAGGGAGGAUAGAUAAAAUCCAAGGAUGUGCUUCUGGAGAGGAUGUUGUGGGGAAGGACUCUCAAAUUACAAAGGAAGGCCAAGCUGGUCAUAACAAAAGACAUAACAACAUUGGGGACACAUCAUUUAUUCCACAGACUAACAUAAAUUCACAAAUGGAGCCAGAGGUUGGCAUGGUGUUUCAUUCUGAAGAUCAAGCUUACCAUUUCUACAACAUCUACGCUCAAAGGAAAGGAUUCAGUGUGAGAAAGGGUCAUCUUGGACGAAGGAAAGAUGGGACUGUACGAAAUAGAGUGUUCUUGUGUAGCAAUGAAGGUGCUCGUCAGAAACAUUCUACACAUAUUACAAAAAAGGCACGUGAAGUAGUGAGAACUAAUUGUAUGGCUCGCAUAGAAUUCAAGGUGAGCCGUGAUGGUAUAUGGGUUGUGAGUAAAAUCAUUUAUGAGCAUAACCAUCCACUUGUACGCCCACACAAAACACACUUGUUGAGGUCUCAUAGGAGAUUGCUGGCAGCUCAACAUGAUGAAACUGGUGAGCAGCUAGAAAAGCCUGCACAGACUCUUGAAUUUCUUAUUGAAGAUGAUCAUGAUGCUGAAUCAAUCGGGUUUGUUUUGAAGGAUCAAAGUAGCUAUUUGCAUACUAAUAGGAUCAGAGAACUUGAGAGGGGUGAUGUUCAAUUUCUUUUAGAAUCUUUAAAAGCCAAGAAGCUAGAGGAUCCCUCAUUUUUCUAUGCCAUACAAAUUGAUGACAGGGAGCAAGUUACCAAUUUAUUUUGGGCAGAUUCACGAUCAAUAAUUGAUUACACCUAUUUUGGUGAUGUUGUCUUAUUUGAUACAACUUAUCGUGCAAAUAAGAAUGAGAUGCCUUUUGCACCAUUCAUUGGUAUAAAUCAUCAUAAGCAAACUGUUUUGUUUGGAGCUGCUGUUUUGUUGGAUGAGACAACAGAAUCUUUUGUUUGGUUAUUCAGAACAUUAAUGGUAGCAAUGUCAGGGCUACAACCUCCAACUAUUUUUACAGAUGACUGUCCAGCACUGUCCAGAGCAAUACAUAUGACUUUACCUGAGACAUGUCAUCGUCUUUGUUUAUGGCAUAUACUUCAGAACUCCACAGUAUAUGUUUCUCAUGUCAGCAACAAUGACACAAAUUUUCAACAGGAUUUUAAAGAUUGCAUACAUGAGGAGGGUUCUGAAGAUGAGUUUUGUUCUAAAUGGGUUAGGUUAAUUCACAAAUAUGAUCUGGCAGGUAACACCUGGUUAGAAGAUUUGUAUGCAGCUCGAGAAAGAUGGGCAUUAGUUUAUCAUAAGAACUCAUUUUAUGCUUUCAUGAUGACAAUGCAAUGGAGUGACAACAUGAAGAAGCACUUUAAAAAUCACUUCAACAGGAAAUUGCCUCUUCAAAAAUUCUUAGAGCAGUAUCACAAGUCACUGUAUAGAUUUCGUGAAAAGGAAUUGUAUGAAGACUACAAGUCAAGACAAACUAAACCAGUCUUGCUGGUUGACAUGCCCAUGCUAAAUGAAGCAGCAGAAUCAUAUACAAGGCUCCUGUAUAAUGACUUCGAAGAGGAAUUCAAGAGCCAACUUUCAUGUCUUUGUGAACCAAUUGGAAUGGAUGGGAUUGUUUAUACCUUCAAAGUUACCCUUCCUGAAAAGCAUUCUUUUGGCAUUGUUGAACUUAAACCGUCUGAUCUCUCAGUAUCAUGCAGCUGUAGGAAAUUUGAAUGUAGGGGCAUCCUGUGCAUGCAUGCGCUAAAGGUUCUCAACAUCAACAACAUCCUUCACCUGCCAACCCAGUAUAUACUGAAAAGGUGGAGCAAAUAUGCAAAUGUUGAGAUUUUGUCUGAAAAACAUCAAGUUUUGACAAAAAGUGAUAGCCAAGAUCUUCUGACAAUGCACUACACCCGGGUUUGUCACAAGGCCAUUACUAUUGCAGUAAAAAGUGCAUUUUCUGAGGAUGCUUUACAAAUUUUUGACCAAGAGCUUGACAAGCUGACCACUGAAGUUGAACAUGUUCUGCAUAUGGAUCUGCUAAAUAGACAAACAGAGGACAAUGCGACAAUAAUUGAGAAUAUUCAGCAAGAUGCCUUUGGAGGUAAGAAAAUCCGUGGCAGAAAAAAGCGUGUAAAAGAUGGACAAGAUACAAAAUAUAAGAAGCAUCAAUCCCAUUCAGAAUCAGUUAAUACAGGAAGUUUCUACCAGACGUUACACACAAAAGAUAAAGCAAGGCAAACAAAUGAUCCAUCAGAUCAUUUAAUGAUAAAUGAGACAUCGCAUGUUCCUUCUUACCAUCCGGACAGCACCACAUCCUAUGGUAACACAAUGCCCUUGCAGCCUUCUGGUUCACCAUUUCCUCAAGAGACUAUUAUGCCUACUCAGGAACCUUUUACUCCAUCUCAAGGAUUGUUUGACCAUCAGAUGGCAUCCCAAGGAGCAAGUAGUGCUAAUAUAACUUGGUGUCGUAGGGGUUCAAUUGGCAUCCCAAUGCAGGUUAUGCAAGGGCAGUCCAACAACUAUAUGAACUGGGUGAUUCCGCAUCGCAACAUUUCCAACUUGAAUGUGCCUCCAAUUCACCUCGAUCCAAUGCAACCUACUAUUCCUGUUCAGCACCAUCAGAAUUUAUCCCACAAGCUUACCUUUGAUAUUAACAAAGGUACAGCAGAUACAACUGGACACAUGCAACACUAGUCGGACCUUGAAUGGACUAACAAAAAAAUCUACUUCAGUUAAUUGGUUGAUAAUAAGGUAUACAGCAGAUUUUAACUGAAUGGUCUGCGACUGACUAGCUUUGCGUCGAAGGCUGAGACUGAGUAUCUGUAGUGCUGCAACCAUAAUCUUUGUAACUUGUAUAGUUAUCUUUGUACUCAAGUCUUUUUAAUUAGAUAUCUUUUCGUUUCUCCUGGUAGAUAUUUUAUUUUUACCAAUGCCCUGACGUGUUUUGGCCUUAUACAAUAGCUGAGGAUCAAAGACUGUCAUGUACAGCAUAGGGACUUCACUGAUGUCUGUUAACUUCGUCUUGUCAUUGUCAUAUAUCCUUUUCUUCUAGUCUGGAUAUUGUAUCAUAUGAGUGUAUGAGAAAAACAUUGAUUCAGAGAAGUGAAUUAGGCGAAAAUGAAUUCA